UGCUCUUUUCUUCUCAAACACCUCCUUUUCCUCCCUGCCUGCUUGCCUGCCCAAACCGAUCGAUCCUCCAUUACCUACUACCAUAAUGAGACGGCAGCCAGGCAGCAUGAUCCCGCCUCAUUGCUUCUGCGCCAAACCGGCCAUCCGAAUCCACACAGAGUACGAGGGCCUCGUCUUUGAGUGCCACUACACCUGCCCUUUCCUGUGGCUCGAGCACCGGACAGGGCCCUUCUCUCCUCAAGACAGCGAAAGCAGUCUCCCUGCCAAAAACACCCCGGGCUCGUCGCGGUCAACCCCCACCUCGCAGCCGUCGCCUGUCCUCAGCACUUGCAGGGACUCACAUUCACCCUUUCAAUCCCCAGACAAGGCUAAGACACGCGAGGCUAUCAAGGAUGUUGUUGACUCGCUCAUGUCCAUCACUAAGAAGGACCCUUCUUUGCCCUGGGGCGUAGUAUCGAGAGACCAACAGCGGUUCAGCAGGAAUAAACCCCGAAGCGACAGUUCCUUCCACGACAGCAGCAAUAGCUAUCAUCAACCUUCCAAACAGAAAACUUUGGCUACUAGCAGCAUAUCCGCAAAGAUUGUCACUUCGUCCAGCAGGCCGCAGGUACUUGUAUGCGGGUUCCAUUUACAUGAAUCCAAUUGGGAGCUGUUCAAGCGCCUAGUCAAGGAGCAUAACUCCGGUUGGAGUGGCGCCAUGUCGGAGGAGGCAAUCUCUAGUAAAGAAGAGGGCCAGUUGGCACGGCAACAUCUUGAGAUCGUACUCAGGCACAAGGAUAUUCGCAUCCAGCUGCUGCUGCUGGCUGAAAAGAUUGGAUGUGACAAUAAUACCACAACAGUUCGUCGUUGGGUCAACCACAAAGACGGAGCGGAUGGAAAGACAACGUUGACGAGAGGACCGCCGAUUUGCUUCUGCAGACAGAAAAUGAAAUUGUCGUGGACCUUCAAUGGAUCGGGUUCGAAUGCAGCGUAUUUUUGCGCACAGCGACUUGCCGAUGCGAAAGGCGGCUGCAGUAUGAUGAGGAAGGUUGAUCGGUGGGCUCAAUUUCAAGCCCCGGACCCAAUUCAUACGCUCGCACCGAUACAAAGAGCAGCGGCAGCGGACAGUCUCGAUACAGACAACGGUGCUGAUACUGAUGAGGUCGAUUACUCAAGCGAUACAACGAGCGAUUAUCGACGAUCCGAGAACAACCAAGGGGAAGACAUGCAGCUUAAUUCGGCAGGCGCAGGGGAAGUAGAGCAUGAGGAAUCGGAGAUGGAGCAGGAAAGGGCUGUCGAGGAAUCAUGGUCUGAUACUGAGGGUCUGUGGGACAAUUGUGUCAGCUCCGUAAGACCUCCGACAACAGGAUCUGCUACGAGACGUAGAUUGCGUCCGUUACCUAUACCAGAAGGACACGAGGAUUCUGAUGGCGAAGUCGAUGGAUUUGGUUCGAAGAGCAAGACAAGUUCUAGAUCGCCCAUAGGAUCGUCAGCAAUGUUGCCCACUGAAGCGGAGUUCACAAAUGGGGGACACGAAUCAGCAGGUUCUGCUGCAGAGGAUUGUAUUCAGGAUGAGAACAGGUCCCGACAUGACGUGGUCCUCGACGGUGAUCUCGCUCAGUGGCACGCUAACGACCACAACAGCUCAUUGUACGAAGACUCGGUGCCCACAAAAUCUUUGCCCCCGCCCCCAGAGUCUUCCGGAGACAUGUCGAUAUACCUUGGACAGGAUCUGAUCAGUACAAUAGACGACCUAACGGAUCGUCUAAGGUUCGCGCACCAGACGUUAGAGCCCGAGGCAGCGAUGGUUGGAGACAAGCUUAAGGAGAUUGUGGCCCGAUUACAGCGGUGGCGAGAUUCCACAGGUCGGCUAAAGGAAUAUGCGGGCGUGCUUUACGAGGAUGGACUUGACAACCCGACGCUCAAGUGUCGUCGAUGUAAGGAGGGUCCGCUGUUGCGUGUAAAUGUGCCGUGCUUUCAUCUGGUGAUGUGCGACAGCUGCAUCUAUGAGCAUCAAUACUGUGUUAUCUGCCAUUCCGGGAUCGAGACGAGUCGGAGGAUCUAUUGGGGAUAAUGCGGAAUGUUAUUGCGCCCAUGAACAAGCAUAGCGCGUUAUUUUUGCGAUACCGACCAGAGAGCGAGACAGUUUGAAGGAUGUGUUGAUGUAUCGAUGCAUUAUCGAUAGGCUAUUCGCGAGUGAAAUAAGAUGAGUUAUGGACGUGAACAUGGGUUGCAUGCACUGCUUCUUUGCUCUUUCAAUUCAUUUCCAGCUCCAGCCAUUGGAAGCUGUGGUUUGCCAGUGUGAACUCAAAAGAAAAUA